CGUGAAUUGAGAUCAAUCGUCCACAUUCAUCUCUCUAACUCUCGAUUCUCUUCCGAUAUGCUUGGAGGAACGAAGCCUUGGUAAAUCCUAGGAGUAGAUUUCAGCGCCAAGCACUUGUCUCCAGAUGGCGAUGCCUAUUCGUCGCAAGCCAGUUCCUUCUUCACUAUUGAGCUUGUCGGAAAACGAAAGGCACGAGACGUCGCUCAAUCCCCAGCCGCCAGAACUACUACCUGAGACUUCGCCUGGUGUUUCAAUACCGAGAGAUUCCCCUUUGAGUAGAGGGGGUGUCAAUGAGACUCUCCAAGCCAAUCCCGGUCCUUCGAUCUCGACCUCUCAAGAUCCGCAACACUCCGCUACCAAGGCACCUCAUAACAAUGUUUAUACCUGGCGUCCAUUUAUCCUUCGACGCAGAAUACUUGUAGCUUACAUUAUUAUCUUUGUUAUACUAUUCUCUGUCAUCGAGACACUGUACCAGGUCUCGCAAGCUCACCAAGGAAUUGCAACAACUGAGAACGGCAAAUACUAUCUUUGGACGUAUGGACCAACUGCAGCGUUCACUCUAUUAGCCGCAAUCUGGUCUCGGAUCGAAUACCGCGCCAAACAAACCUCGCCGUGGAUAAAGUUGGCAAGCCACUCUGCUCCAGCUUCGAGAACUUUGUUAUUAAACUACUGGGCCUACUUUCUUCCAACAACUACUAUAUACAAGGCGUUAAAAACCAAUGAUUUCUUGGUCGCUCUCAGUGUAAUUGGCAGUCUAGCCUUCAAGAUCAUUACCGUCGUUUCAACGGGCCUCCUCACAUUGGACAAUCUCCUCGUGGAACAGCACAACGUCCCUUUGAUCGCUUCUACUACUUUCGUGGGCGACGAUGGGCGCCUGGGUGAUAUCGGAGAUUUGCCCUUUUAUGUCUAUCAAGGAGUGCAGUUGGCCAACCUGCCUUACCCUGAAGGGACGAAUCAGCAAUUUGCCUUUCAAUCGUUUCACUCUGCAAAAAAUCAGAACGGAUCCAUCUCGAGAGCUGAUUUGGACGCCUUCUCUGGUAACUUGGAAUGCGAGAGAGCCCAGAUGAACUUUGGAAACUGGGAGGUAAAAGUAUACGCCUCAGAAAAUGCCACCAACGUAUCAACGAGCGGGCCUGAUUUGCAACCAAACAUAACGAUUUCUAUCCCUUCUUGCUCAAUCAAUUUUACCACGCCAAAUCUAGGACCUUACUGUGAUCGUCCAAAAAUCCUUUCUAGGAACACCACACAAACUGCAAUCGGGCCUAUAGGGAUUUAUUCACUGUGCCGGUGUGCAAACUCUCAAGAAUCGCGAUUUGCGAUCCUUGUUGGAGCUGCUAUGCAAGGAGGAUCGACAGUGGAUGCAAACCCAACGGUGACAUACAACCUCGUCAAUUCUACCCAGCUAAUUUGCUCGUCGACGUAUGCUAUUAACAGAGCUUUGAUAACAACAAACUGGACACAAGGGACGGCGAGGGUAGAGUUACUUCCAGAAGCUGGAAACAGGACUUUAACAAAUGUCACUGGACUUGAUCUUACAAAUGCCUUCGGCGAGACCAUCGCAAGGGCAGUCGCAAGGGUACCCCUCGACUCCCUAAAUCCCUUUUUGGGGCAUCUCCACAAUGCAGUUUCACAGGCUGGAAACCCGUCGCUCACCAACCUCAUGUCCACGGACACGCUUGGAAAUCUCUCCAACAGCUACUUUCGAACUCUGACAGCCCAGAUAGCACGGAUAGCACUUCUCAAAGGAGAUAGCAUCCCAAUAACAGGGACAUCAUGGGAUUUUGAGAGCCGUCUUGUUCUACGGCUCCUGUCAGUCCGUAUCAUCGAAGCAGUAUUAAUAGUUCUGCUUCUCUUUUCAGGGGCUAUGAUUUUCUUGAUACCGAAUAAUGGGAUAAUGCCCCUGGAUCCCGACUCAAUCGGAGGGCUUGCAAUUUUGAUCUCGAAGAGUGCCGAGCUUAAGAGGUCCUUAACUGGGAUGGGAUUGUCACCAUUAAGCAGUAUAUCCGACCGAAUUUCUUCUAACAGAUAUCAGACUACGGUUACGUUUGAGGGAGCCCAGCGUACCUUCGAAAUUCAACAGCCGGAACACAUUCUCCAAGUCAGCCCCAACAAGCAGGAAGCGGAAUCUCUAUGUCCUCAGAAUGAUACAGUCACAUGGUGGAGACCUUUCGGAGCAACCAUAUAUGCACGACUAUUAGCUUUAGCAUCUGUUAUAGCUACUGUGAUUGCGCUUGAAUUGGUCCUCCGAGACUCGCAACGACAUGUCGGCUUUGCUGGUGUUGACCCAAAAGGCUAUGGUCACUAUGCCUCAGCAUACAUUCCUGCCCUCAUAAUGGUUAGCAUUGGACUACUGUUUAGCGAUCUAGAUGACACCACAAAAGUAUUUGCUCCAUAUUCAAAACUCAAAUAUGGUGGUGCAUCUUGGAGUGAUCUUUUCAUAAACUAUUCGAGGUUUACGAAAGUUGAGGCCCUAUGGUUGUCUAUAAAGAGUCGAAAUUUGGCAGUGAUUGCUACAAGUUCGGCAUCGUUUCUUGGCAGCUUCUUGACGAUCGUGGUCAGUGGUGUUUACGCGGUUAAUAACGUUCCCUCGAGUCAAGCAGUUGAAUUAUCGAUGAAGACAUGGUUUAAUGCCAGCGAUAACUUAAAUCUUCAAGCAGAUCCAUCUGCGAUAACUCUGGCAUCGCUGGUAGCAGUAGCUAAUCUUUCCUAUCCGGCAUGGACGUAUGAUGAACUUGCAUUCGCUACUCUUGAAUUGACGACUUCGAACAUGGCCACUGAAAAUCGGGCCACAAUUUCAGCAAAGAUCCCAGCGGUACGGCCACGACUUGACUGCACGUUAUUGGUAGGAGACAACAGCAGCAUUGGAAGCACCCUGACUUGGUGUUUACCUCCAACCGAGUUCUGUAGCGGAGCCAACCUCUUUGUCAAUUUUACACCACCACCAACGCCACUAGGAGGAUAUUCCUGUGGAACCCGAACUUCGAGCGUGGGAACGGUUUUCUCGAAUAGUAUUUUUGGCUACGAUGAUCAAUUUUUGGAAAAUUGCCAUACUUGGGUAUGGGGUAGCAUUGGCGCUUCAUCCAUCGAGAAUAUUGCGGCGCUGUCCUGCCAUGAGGAUGUUGAACAAAUCAUGGUAAACACCACGCUAUUGUUCCCAUCUCUCGCUAUCGACAGCACGCAACCGCCCAUCCCAGAUGAAUCAACAGCGCAACAUUCCGCUACAUUUAUAAGUAUGCCUCCAACCUAUACAUUCUGGCUUGCCAAUAUCACUGGAACUUGGUCCAAUGAGACAAGCUUCGACCAAUUCUUCAAUAUUCUCGCUGCAAGCAACGAAGCGCCACCUCUGCACUUCUUCUCUAACCCAAGUCUUGCCACAAAUGUUAGUCAUGUAAUCCAGCACCUCCAUAAAAUCUUACUCGCACAAAUAUACGGAUAUACGGGUCCCUCCCCAUUUACAGGUCUCUCUCCAUAUUCGUAUUUCUCUAUGCGCAUCAACUCGACAGAAGGCGCAGAACAGACCACCUUCACUGGCACAGCAGUGGAUCCAAAUUCAGAAAGACUGGUGCAACGUGUCCCGUCGACAAGAACUCUUCAAGCUCUAUUGGCAGCCAUGGGGCUGUGUGUUUUGAUACAGAGCGCCUUUCUCAGGACUAAGGAUGUUCUCCCGAAGGACCCAAGAAGUAUAGCUGGGCUGGCGAGUUUACUGGUUGAUUCUGAGAUGUUGGAACUGGUGCAGCACGAAUGUGAUCGAAGGGGAGGGCCAGCAAGGCACGCGUUAGAGGGGCGGCUCUUCGGAAUAGGGUGGUUUGAGGGGGAGAAGAUAGAUAAUAUGGCGGUGAUGGAGGGGUUGGUUGCGAAGGAGCCAGGUGUUAGAAAGAGGAGGUUUACUAUUGAUGUUAUCUCGUAGAAACAAGGGCUAUAAUAUAAUAAUGUAAAUUGAACAGAUAUCUGUCGUGAACACAUAUCCAGAGUUUAUGAGGUAGUGGGAGGAAAGAUACAAAAGCCAUGAGUACGGCAC